UCCUCCUCCAGAUCCAAUGCAGAUGCAGGCUGAUUGUGAGAGAGGUAUCACAUGCAAUUAUUAUUUUUUUGGAUGAAUAUAUUGAAUUAAUUUAUUUAUGUGUAUAUAAUAAUUAUAUGAAUUUGAGAAAUAAUAGUGACAACUAAAACGAAAAGGCGCGGCAUCAACAAAGGGUUUUCAACUCGAGAAGCUAGAGUUGCAUUAGGUAGACCACUACCACUGGAGUGGGAUGUUCGAGGGAAGACUUACAAAGAAAUUGGUGAUUAUUCCCAACAUUUCUCUAGAGAGAUCGGCAUUCUCAUUCGAUAAUAUGCCGAUCCCGACUACGACCGGCGGGAUAAAUUACCCAGCGAGGGAUCGCAUACUUUCUCGUCUAGAGGUAAUUUAUUUCUAUAAUUUUUUUAUUGGGUUCACUUUAAUAUUAAAUCUAGCUAAUUUAUUUUAUUUUUUUGAUUCAGGAUGAUUUAUUCGACAUUGGUCGAAGUCGAUAUGCCUCAGAGAACCUCCCCUGCAUUCUUUUGGGCAUUCAACGGUCGUGCGCUGAUCGUUACUUGGAGUGGAAGAAUGACUUGUCCACUCAAUUAAAAAAUAAUGGUCGAGCACAUCCUCCUGAUGGUUUGGGCAUGGAGAAAUGGCAGAAGGUGCCCCAGUAUUUUGAUCACCCUGAAGUGAAGGUAUUCACAAACAUAUUAUUUUUUAAUUUAUUUUUGUUAAUUUAACAUAUGGUUAACACAAGUUCUUUGCAGAGGCGUUCUGAGAUUAACUCUGCAAACCGUGCAAAACAAAAACAGAGAAGCGUGCAGGGCUCACAGUCUACGCCAGCCCUUCGUUACAAGAAGCGUGAUUUACAAACUGGGUGUCUUGCUGGGGUUCCAGAGAUUUGGAUGGCGACUAAGUACAUAGACGGGGAAGGUUGGGUGAGCAAGGCAGCAAAGGAUAACUAUGAAAAGAUGAUGGAGAUACGUGACACUCUGCAGUCACAAUCAUCUACGAGCGCUUCUGCUUCGAGUACUAUCCCGAGAGAAGAGGAUGACAUUAUUCUUGUUGAGACGAUCUUUGGACGUCGUCGAGGCUAUCAGCCGGGCCUUGGUCGUAGGAUUCGCACGAGGGCAAAUUGUGAAGCGGCUGAUGUACCUCAACCAGCCCAACCACCUCCUACCGCACAAGACAUGCAAGAGGUGAGGGAGCGACUCCGAGCCAUAGAGGAGCACUUGGCUAGGAUUGGUGGAGUCUCGGGAUCUGGAUCUUCUCAGCAAGGUCAUGGUGUCGAUUUUAGUAAAUUCUACAUAUUCGUAAAUCAAUUAGAAAUAAAGAUUAAUUCUUGA